GGGCCGCCCUCGAGCUCGAGCACCACCACCACCACCAUCACCACCAUGGGACCGCGAUGUCCGGGGCGCCCGGAGCUUUCCACUGGGGCGCGGUCCUCGCGGGCCACCACCACGCGGGCAUAAUGCAGACGGGGCCCGAGUACGCGCCCCAGCCGGCUCACCACGGGGGCGGCGGGCCCGUCCCCGGACACCCGACGAUGCCUAUGGACCUCCACGUCUCGCAGCCCUUUUCCUACUACAGGUAUCGCGAAGAGACUUUGUGUUGGACAGAUCGGAAGCCGUCUAUGGACGAGGUCGGCAAUCCGAAUUCCGUCAACGCUCGAUAUGACGAGAGGCACUACGCUUUUGAAAGUAUCCUCGAGCUGCGGAAGGAGAAAAGCAGAGAUGCGGCGAGAUCGCGCCGGGGCAAGGAGAACUUCGAGUUCUAUGAGCUGGCGAAAAUGCUGCCCCUACCGGCCGCCAUAACUUCACAACUGGACAAAGCCUCGAUUAUAAGGCUGACCAUAUCCUACCUCAAAUUACGCGACUUCUCGGGUCACGGCGAUCCCCCCUGGAGCCGCGACACACCACCGCCCAAUAAAUCUGUCAAAGGUGCCAAUCGGGUCAGGUCGCAAGUUGACAUGUUCGAGCAGCAUCAAGGCACCCACAUCCUACAGUCACUCGACGGAUUCGCUGUGGCUGUGGCGGCAGAUGGACGGUUCCUCUACAUUUCCGAGACUGUUUCCAUUUACCUCGGCCUCUCCCAGGUGGAGAUGACAGGCUCGAGUAUAUUCGACUACGUUCAUCAGCAUGACCACGCGGAGGUCGCGGAGCAACUCGGCCUAGGACUAACGAGCUCGACCUCGUCGUCAGGACCGCAUUCCUCCAGCUCCGGAUUAGCCUCGCCGAGCAGCGGCGCCUCCGAGGAACACGGUUCGUCAUCAACUGCGAAUCCCGACGUAUCAUCGGUGAUGUCGUUGACGGCGACCGGCUUGUACAAGGGAUACGAUCGAGCCUUUUGCGUCCGCAUGAAGUCAUCGCUGUCAAAGAGAGGCUGCCACUUCAAGUCUUCUGGCUAUCGUGUUGUUUUGUUACUCUGUCGACUGAGGCCGCAAUACACAUUCAGUCACUCGAGGAAAUCGGCGCCGCCACUCAUGGGGAUGGUCGGCCUGGCGAUCGCACUUCCGCCGCCUAGUGUACACGAAAUUAGACUUGAAUGCGACAUGUUUGUCACACGCAUCAAUUUCGACUUCCGGAUAGCACAUUGCGAACCAAAGGUGUCCGAGCUGUUGGACUACACAGCGGACGAACUGACGGGAAAGAAUCUCUACACGCUUUGUCACGGUGAAGAUGCGAAUCGUCUUCGAAAAUCUCACAUGGAUCUGAUCCAUAAGGGACAAGUACUAACGCAUUAUUACCGACUGAUGAAUAAAAGUGGUGGUUACACGUGGUUGCAGACCUGCGCGACAGUCGUAUGCAACACUAAAAAUGCCGAAGAACAGAAUAUUAUUUGCGUCAACUACGUUAUUAGUGGUCGCGAGUACGCCAACUUGAUCAUGGAUUGUUGCCAACUCGAGGAUGGCGUUACAGGCGUCAAGCGUGAAGACGCCGCGGGCAACGAUCCCGAAAAUGGUUCGCCCGACGCCGAUAGAGGAGAAGGUCGAAAUAGCGGUGGCCCGACGAAUCAACAUCCGGAACAUCCGCAACAUCCGCACCGCUCGCCACCCGAGGAUCGCGACGAGACGCGAGGCUCGGAGACGGAUGUGCCAGGGCGGGGCGGUCGACACCACGACAACGUCGUUGCCCAGCUCCAACAACAAGAUCCCCAAGCUACGACGUCGAAACUCAAUCAGCGCGGCUCCAAGCGGAAGCUCGCGGUCGCACCCGAAGACGAGAGCAGCUCUGGGGACGAGGAGGAGGACGAAGAGCCGACGAUGAAGUCAGCAACGGCCAACGGUCGAAGCCUAGCGCUCAGCCCAGCCUCGUCCAGCCACUCCGUGCCAACCAGCGACCAGCUCUUGAGGACCGGCAGUCCGAAGGUACGACGGACCGAGGAUCUGACCGAAGUCCACCACGGAGCGGCGACGGGUGGUGCAUCGGGCGCCUCCGUGAAGGACCUAGAGCAAGCGAUGUCGAAGCACCUACCGGGGGCGGUCCUCGCCAAGGCCGACUCCCCUGCCCUCCAUCAACCCACGGACUUCAGCACGGACGCUCUGCUUAAGCAACAGCAGCAAAAGUCGACGAUACAGUGGAUCGGAGCGCAUCAUCACCUCGGGCAUUUGAGUCCUCAACAGUCGACGGGCGGUCUGCCUGCUUCGGCUCUCCUUCGUCAGCUUUACGCCAAUCGCGAGAGCGUCAUUCGGGCGAACGUACACGGAAUCACGUCGGGCAGCGGUGCCACGGGCCGUGCCCCGUCCGCGGGCGGCUACUACACCGGUGCCGAGAACUCGCAGGCGGGUCCAUUGCCGACACCGCCGGGCUCCGAGGGCUCUUCGACCUACGGCGAGCAUCAGUUCGCCCUCGCGACCCACGGACAAAAGGUUUCCGGCGCCGAUGCCUUUACCAGCCUCGUCUCGUCCUACACGUCGACGGCCACCGGCUAUGCCCUCGACUACCACUCGGCCAUGACGCCACCCUCGUCCGUCUCACCCCGCGACAAACAGCAACAGCACCAACAGCAACAGCAACAGCAACAGCAACAGCAGCAGCAGCAGCAACAGCAACAGCAGCUCACGGUGAACAGUUACGAAGCCGCGGUUUACGGUGACCCCGUGCUGCGACAUCAGUACGAGCCAGCCCAGCCCCUGCCCCUGAAGCCCCAGGUCUACUCGGCCGUGCAUCCAAGUGCCCUGGACGCAGCCGCGGCCUAUGCCACAGCGAGCCUCGCCGCUGAACAGCCGCAAUUCUAUCACCAUCCGGCGGCCGGGGCCGGUUUCCACCUCUACCACCCCUCCAACAAAACAGCCAGCAGCGGCUGGUACAGCUCGGCCUCCUAGUGGCGAGAUCUCGCCGGCCGCUUUGAGACGCGUACUUAACUCGUCCGAGACGUUUUUCCAACCUUGGCCGCGCACCGCGCGCUUGUCGCCUCACCCUCGAGUCGAAAACUCUUCGCGGCUACGUCUGCGACAUACGCUGGCAGGAUUUUCGUAAGGCGAUUCAAAGGGACGUCACGGGCUUCACGGGUCAUGGUGUUCGGAGGUGUCAGCUGGAUUUUUAAAAUGUCAGCGGAGCCCUCGCGCUCCUGUCACUUUGUAAAUUAUAGGGGCUCGUCUUUCGUUGCCUCUUUGUCAUAGGACUGAGCUGCUGGAAGAGAUAAGGAAGCGGAUGAGUGGUGAC